GCCGGAAGCAGGAGGAAUGGGCGGUGCUGGCAGAGGGCGUCUUGAAGGCGUGGCCUGGCUGCCGUGAGGUCGGACGGGGCGUGGCCAGCCGCCCCACCCGGGCUUUCAGUCAAAGGCGCGGUGAACCGCCCCGGUCCGCUUUCCAGCCGUCUCCUGGUCGCUACUGGCCCCGCCCCCGCCCAGAUUUCUCCUUCUUGGGAAGCACCCCCAGAGUCUCUGAGAUUUGGCCCGAGUUGGCUGCUGGCCUCCAAUCGGUCUAGCGGUCUCCAGUGGCGAUGGAGGGCGCCCACGAGAACCCCGCAGAGUGUAGCUCCUCCGCCCCCAGCUCCGAAGAGCCUGCCGGCUCGGCCAGGGGCCCCGAGGUGCUGCCUCGGGAGGAGUCGGAGGGCUGCGCCCGUCCCUUGGACGCGGCCCCCAAAAAACUCUGUGGCUAUCUGAGUAAAUUUGGCGGCAAGGGGCCCAUCCGGGGCUGGAAAUCCCGCUGGUUCUUCUACGACGAGAAGAAAUGUCAUCUGUAUUAUUCGCGGACCGCGCAGGAUGCCAAUCCCUUGGACAGCAUCGACCUCUCCAGUGCGGUCUUUGACUGCAAGGCCGACGCCGAGGAGGGGACUUUUGAAAUCAAGACUCCUAGCCGGGUUAUUACUCUGAAGGCUGCCACCAAGCAAGUGAUGCUGUACUGGCUGCAGCAGCUGCAGACGAAGCGCUGGGAGUUCCACAGCAGCCCGCCCGCGCCCCCUGCCGCCCCCGCCACCCCAGCUGCCAACGGGCCCACCUUGCGCCUCGAGCCAGAGCAAGAGGAAGCGGAGCUGGAGGAAUUCCUGUGCCCUGUGCAAACGCCCCCCGGGCUUGUGGGUGUGGAGGCUGCCUUGCAGCCCGCACCUGCCAUGCCCUUGGCCCUUCAGAACAUUUCCCUCAAGCAUCUUGGAACUGAAAUACAAAACACAAUGUACAAUAUUCGGGGCAACAGGCAGGCCCAAGGAAUAGGCCAUGGACCUCCAGGAGAAGAUCCUCCCGGGAGUGUGGAACCUCAGAGGGUCGAGCAGCCCUUACCCUCCGACCCAGGCACCCCAGGGAAAGAUCCAGCAGAUUCUCCAAAGCCUACACCCAAAUCCUCUCUGACCGCCAAUCUCAUUCAGAAAGCCAAGCGCCAGAACACCACCUUUCCACUCUUUGCCGAAGGACUCACACGAACCCGAACUGCCCAGGAAAAGGUUCUGGCCUUGGAGCAGCAGGUUCUGAUGCUCACCAAGGAGUUAAAGUCUCAGAAGGAGCUGGUGAGGAUCUUGCACAAGGCGCUAGAGGCUGCCCAGCAGGAGAAGAGGGCGUCCAGCGCAUACCUGGCUGCGGCCGAGGACAAGGACCGGCUGGAGCUGGUGCGGCACAAGGUGCGGCAGAUCGCGGAGCUGAGCAGGCAGGUAGAGGCCCUGGAGCAGGAACGGGAGAGCCUGGCACACACGGCCAGUCUGCGGGAGCAGCAGCUGCAGGAGCUGCAGCGGCAUGUGCAGCUGCUCAUGGAGAAGAACCAGGCCAAACAGCAGGUUAUCUGCAAGCUCUCGGAGCAGGUCACCCGGGACUUCAUGCAGCCCCCUUCCCAGACGCCUGUGCCCCCAGAGGUGGCCGACAGGGACUUCCUGAGCCAGCAGGAAAAGAUGGAGCACCUGAAGGAUGACAUGGAAGCUUAUCGGACCCAGAACCGCUUCCUCAACUCCGAGAUCCACCAGGUGACAAAGAUCUGGAGACGGGUGGCUGAAAAGGAGAAGGCCCUCCUGAUGAAGUGUGCCUACCUUCAAGCCAAGAACUGCCAGGUGGAGAGCAAGUACCUGGCCGGGCUGCAGAGGCUGCAGGAGGCUGCGGAGGGCGAGUGCGCCGAGCUGCUCAGACAGCUCAUCCAGGAGGCACUGCAGUGCGAAGCCAGGGAGGCCUUGGCCGAAGGCGUGGAGCUGAGCCCCGUCAGUGAGUAUGAUGAGUAUGGCUUCCUGACGGUGCCCAACUACGAGAUGGAAGACCUGAAGCUGCUGGCCAAGAUCCAGGCGCUGGAGGUGCACUCCCACUACCUGCUGGCCCAUGAGGCUGUGGAGCGGCCGCUGCGGGAACGCUGGGCUGCCCUGGGUGAUCUUGCACCCUCGGCCGAGCUCAAGCAGCUGCUGCGGGCAGGUGUGCCCCGAGAGCACCGGCCGCGUGUCUGGAAGUGGCUGAUCCAUCUCCGUGUCCGGCAUCUGCAGAUCCCUGGCCGUUACCAGGCGCUGCUGAGCCAGGGCCAGGUCCGAAAGCACCCUGCCGCCCGCCAGAUCGAGCUGGACCUGAACCGGACCUUCCCCAACAACAAGCACUUCACCUGUCCCACCUCCAGCUUCCCCGACAAGCUACGCCGGGUGCUGCUAGCCUUCUCCUGGCAGAACCCCACCAUCGGCUACUGCCAGGGCCUAAACAGACUGGCGGCCAUCGCUUUGCUCGUCCUGGAGGAGGAGGAGAGUGCCUUCUGGUGUCUGGUGGCCAUUGUGGAGACCAUCAUGCCGCCUGAUUACUACAGCAAGACACUGACGUCAUCCCAGGUGGACCAGCGGGUGCUCCAGGACCUCCUCUUGGAGAAGCUGCCCAGGCUGAUGGCUCACCUGGGGCAGCACCGUGUGGAUCUCUCCUUCCUCACCUUCAACUGGUUCCUCGUGGUCUUUUCAGACAGUCUCAUCAGCAACAUCCUUCUCCGGGUCUGGGACGCCUUCUUAUAUGAGGGCACCAAGGUGAUAUUCCGCUAUGCCUUGGCCAUUUUCAAGUACAAUGAGGAGGAGAUCCUGAGACUGCAAGAUGCCCUGGAGAUCUACCAGUACCUGCGCUUCUUCACCAAGACCAUUUGCAACAGCCAGAAACUGAUGCACAUCGCCUUCAACGACAUGAACCCUUUCCCUAUGAAGCAGCUGCAGCAGCUGCGGACGGCCCACCGGGAGCGGCUGGAGGCUGAGCUGCGCGAGCUGGAACAGCUGAAGGCCGAGUACUUGGAGACUCGGAACUCCCAAGGCCCAGCGGUGCCAGAGGGUUGCACCAGUGAGGACGAGGGGGAGGGGGAGGCCUGACUUGGCCACCUGCCCUUUCCAAAGCCCUUUCGCCCCUUUGGCUGUCAGGCCUCAAGGAGGAUGGCCAUGGAACAGGGGUCUGGCCCAUGAGCCCCAGCACCAUGUGACACUGGGCAAGUCCCUUCCCCUCUCUCAGCCUCAGUCUCCCCAUCAGAACAAUGUCUGCUGUGAAGCCAUUGGUUGGGACUCAUGAGCACAUACCCAGGGAUGCUACCCCUUUCUCUCUUCUUCCACAGAGCACUUUAGCACAUAGACAAGCAAGAAUGCUGUCUUAUAGGGUAACCUGAACAUUCUCUAAGUUUUAUCUAUAUAAAACAAUGCAAAUGUUGGAAAUA